CUAUCGUUAGUCGAUAGUGCGGAUUCGAAUCGCUGGAAAUUUGAAGAAUAUCGCUGGCGUAAUAUAACCUAACAAAAACAGAAAUCGUAAAUGUUAGAAUAUUUCGAAAGUGUCAUUUGAUUUGGAGAUAGUAAAUUGAAUAUGGAUGUUCUGCAAAUAAGAAAUUUUAAGGAUUUUCUACUUCUAUAUAAUCAAAUUUCUGAGAGCUGUUUCAAACGAUGUAUGAACACGUUUAUAUCGAGAGAUAUAUCUGCAGAGGAGGAUGAUUGUAUCAAAAAAUGUGUAGAAAAACAUGUCCAUGGGAAUCAUAAAAUGAUGGAAGUGUUUGUAGAAGUACAGUCUGUUAUUAUGCAGAAGAGGAUAGAAGAAGCUAAAGUAACUCAAGCAGCUUUAGAAGAACAAAUGCUAAAACAAGAAUCGUUGCAAACACAAGAAUCUUUGCAAACACAAGAAUCUCUGCAAACACAAGAAUCUUGAGAACAAUAAAUAGCUAAUUUUAUAUAAAUGAAUUUAUUUGCAUUAUUUGUAAUAUAGAAGAUAUAUUUUUAAAGUAAUAGGUUCAAGAAUCUAGUUUUCAAAAUAACAAUUGCUCAUCGAUAUGUAAAUUUCAAAUAGUGCGAAGAAUGUUCUUUUAUUGUUGACUACUGCCAUUUGUAUUGAUAUAUCAGAGUAAUAUCUUUGAUGCAUAGAGAAAUAGAUUGUUAUUCAUUUUUUUUAUAAUUCUAUUAAUUUUAAGUCGAAAAUUAAAUGUCUGAAUACAAACUAUUAGUCUGUGCAAUCAAAGCUCCGUACAAAGCAAAAUAUAUAAGCAUUCAUUUAUUAUUAUGAAUUUGUAUACACAUAAUAGAAACACAAUAACAUUAUGAGUAGGAACAUAAUAUAUUAACUACAAUACGUUUUAUAAAUAAAAAGGUGCUCAAAUUGCAUUCUUUAGUGAUGCAA